AUGCCCCGUAAACACACUCAAUCGCCGCCGUCCUCUACUAGACAGGUUGUUGACGCAAUUACAGAUGUUACGUCUGUUAAAAAGUCCACUACUAAUACAGCAAUUCAACACUAUGAUUCGGCGCCUGACCUCCGUUCUAUCAUAGAAAAUAUCAACGAAAGAAAGAAAAGGAAGUUCGAUGAAGGCGAUAUUUAUAAUACAGAUAUAAUUAAAGAAAUGUUCGCUGUUCUUUCCCGUUACCAGGCCGCUCGUUUUGAUGAGCUGCAGACGACAAUUUCAUGUCUUAAGGAACAAAACGUCAAAUUAACUCAAAGCGUGGAGAUGAUGUCGAGUAAGUACGACGAGUUCCUUUCACGAAUAUCCCAGCUAGAAUCAGACAGACGAACAGAUAAAAAGUAUAUUGAGCUUCUUGAAGAUAAGAUUGAAUAUAGUGAACGUAAGUCCCGUUCUACAGGUAUCGAAAUACGCAACAUUCCUAAGAAGACUGGUGAAACAAAACAUGACCUGUUCAAUCUGAUAAAUAGUGUUGCUAAAAUUGCUGAUGUGGAUGUCAACCCGGAAUGCAUUAAAGAUAUUUAUAGAAUAAAAUCUAGGGACUCGUCGCACCCCAUUAUGGUUGAACUUACAACGGUACUUUUAAAAGAAAAAAUUCUCAACAACCUUAAGUCAUUCAACAAAACUAAAAGACCAGGGGAAAAGCUCAAUACCGGUAAUCUCGGUUUUCGGGGUCCAACUAAACCGGUGUACGUCUCCGAUGCUCUCACUACAAAAACACAAAAACUUUUUUACCUGGCCCGAACCUUUCAGCAACAAUACAAAUACUUAUUUUGCUGGACGUCUCAUGGGGUGAUAUAUCUAAGAAAGGAAGAAAAUGCGCCUCAUAUCAAGAUUUUAUCGGAAAAGGACAUUGAGAACUUAAGGAAGCUGGAGUGA